AUGCAGAGCACUCCCAACUACCUGUGGAGCACAGAGGACCUGCUGGGCCAGGGAGCCACGGCUUGUGUCUACAAAGCUCGAAACAAGAAAUCAGGGGAGCUGGUUGCUGUGAAGGUCUUUAACAAUGCCAGCUACCUCCGGCCCCAGGAGGUGCAGAUGAGAGAGUUCGAGAUGCUGAGGAAGCUGAACCAUAAAAACAUUGUCAAGUUAUUUGCUGUGGAGGAGACAGGCAGCAGCAAGCAGAAGGUGCUGGUGAUGGAGUACUGCUCCAGUGGCAGCUUGCUGAACGUGCUGGAAGACCCAGCAAACGCCUUUGGCUUGGCUGAGUCCGAGUUCCUCAUCGUGCUGCAGUGUGUGGUGGCAGGGAUGAACCACCUCCGUGAGAACGGCGUUGUCCACAGAGACAUCAAACCUGGCAACAUCAUGAGGCUGAUGGGAGAAGAUGGGCAGAGCAUCUAUAAGCUAACAGAUUUUGGGGCCGCCCGAGAGCUGGAGGACGAUGAAAAGUUUGUGUCAGUCUAUGGGACGGAGGAAUAUCUCCACCCUGACAUGUACGAGCGAGCCGUCCUGCGCAAGCCGCAGCAGAAAUCCUACGGCGUCACCGUCGACCUCUGGAGCAUUGGGGUCACCUUCUACCAUGCUGCCACGGGCAGCCUCCCCUUCCUGCCCUUCGGGGGGCCCCGACGGAACAAGGAGGUCAUGUACAAAAUCACCACUGAGAAGCCUCCUGGAGCCAUUGCAGGGGUGCAGAGGCAGGAGAAUGGGAACAUUGAGUGGAGCUAUGAACUGCCCAUCACCUGUCGCCUCUCCACGGGGCUGAAGGACCAGCUGAUCCCCAUUUUGGCUAACAUCCUGGAGGCAGAUCAGGAGAAAUGUUGGGGGUUUGACCAGUUUUUUGCAGGCACCAACGACAUUUUGCACAGGAUCGUGGUCGACGUGUUCUCCCUGCAGCAAGCUUCCUCCCAUCGCAUCUACAUCCACUCCUACAACACUACCACCAAAUUUUUAGACGCUGUCUUCAAACAAACAAACAUAGUCCCUCACCACCAAGAAUACUUUUUUGAAGGACACCUGUAUGAGUUGGAUCCUAACCUACAAGCUCAUCAUUUCUGCAAAACCACCGAGUGCAGCCCCCUGACCUUGCUGAGCACCUCUGAGCAACCCGAGGACGUGGUAGGGGUUCGAUACAGAGACCCCGCCCUUGAGUUCCCCAAGUUUGUCCCCAAGGUGGGCGUGGUGGCUGACUGCAGUGCAGCCAAGAGCGCGGUGGGUGCUGUGCACCAGACCCUGCGCAUCGCCCGGGCCCUGCGGCGCGGCCGGGAGCUGCUGGCCAGAGGUCUCCACUGGGUGAUUGGGAACCUGAAGACAGAGUGCUCAAGGAUUCUGGAGCAGAGGAGAGGAGCUCUCUCCGUGCUCUCCUGCCUGCAGCUCACUGAGAUGAAGAUCCGUGUGCUGUAUGAGGCUGUUCCUGCAGGCAGUGCAGUGCCAGCUGUGAUGGACCUGGCCAUGGUGAAGACAAGGCUGCAGAGGGUCUCUGAGGAGCUCUCUCAGUGCUCCCACAACAUCUUUGACUUCCAAGGGGCACUGGACAGCAUUUUGUCUGAGCUGGUGAAGGACAGACAGCAAGUGCAUGAGGACAAAAGCCUCAGGCAGAUCGAGUGCUGCCUGGAGAAGAUGCAGCUGAUCUACAAGCAGUUCAAGAAGGCCAGGACAUGUCUAAGGCUGGGCUACAACGAGGAACAAAUACACAAGUUGGAUAAGGUGAAUUUAGGCCACCUGGCCAGGAAGGUUCUGUUAAUUUUCCAGGAUGAUUGUGUCCAGCAGUACCAGGAAGCUCUGAGCAUCCACAGCAGCAGGAUGAGGAAAGUUUGUGAGAUAAAGAGGCACCUGAAGAGGCUCAGCAAUCGCAUCAGUUCGUGCAGUGUGGAGAUGAUGGAGUGCCAGGACUGUCUGCAGGGUGCUCUGGACAGGUUUCUCCAGCUGGAGAAAUGGAGUUUGGCCCCAGUUCCUCCUGCUCCUUCCCCCAUCCAGGCAUGCCAGGAGAUGGCUUUUGGGAUGCAGGAGCUGCUGGAGCAGAUGAGGUCAGUAACUUGUCAUCUCCAGUUCAACAACAGCGUCAUUGAGCG